CCCCCUGGGGUGCCUUAAGUACCACCAGUGGUACCUGCACCACAGUUUGAGACCACUGAAUUCAAUUAAAGUAAAUUUUACCCUCUUUUUAAGCAAUUUGUACUGUUAAAAGACAGUGCUUCUCACUUUUGAUAUCACUUUUUGUUGCACUUUUACUCCAUUAUAUUAAUUUCUGGUCCUCCUGUUACAUUUGUGAGCAGGUUUUAAUUCAGUGCACUUUUUUGUUGCUUUAUUCAUAUGCACUUUUCAUAGCUUUCUUUUCCAAUCAGAAGGACAUGAAAAUCAGUCCUAAUUUAGGUUUUCAGAUGACUACUUUACAUUUGUUUUUUUUUAUUAAUUAGUUUCAAGAGAAACUUUACUAUCGGCAUUUUUGGUUUGGUGCUGGCGAUCUCCUGAUCAUAGUGGCAGCGCCUUAGUACGCUGGACCACUCUGAUCCCUUGAUAAAGUGUUAUUACUCUUAUUUGAGUUCAGUUUUUGGCGACUCUUCCAACCUCCAAAACACCAUAGAAGGCAUUACCACCCCAAGUGGACAGUGCUGUGGGUGAUAGAGAUUGUGACUGGCAGUGUCUGGCUAGAAGUGUCCAUGCUAAGUGACUCUGGCAGAAACCACAUCCACAUUCAUUGCAGGAAGCCACACAAACAUAAUCUGCAAGUUAGUGCAGCAUUCUUUAGCUAUAAGGAGACAAUGAAAAAGUCCCAUAACUUUGUCAUUAUAUGGUAAAAGGGUAGAUGCUGGGUGGAUUCACCUUUAGCUGAGAGUUAAGUGUCUUGGAGAUUGUAAUACAGUCAUUAUCUGUGCAAACUUGGAGCUUACAAAGUAAACAAAAUCUAAGCAUGUGUAAUUCAGAAUAAUAUAAAGAAAAACUCUUAGGUGGUUAAAUAAAGGUUUUGCUUGACAUCAGGCAGACAGGCAAGUGCUUGGCAAGUGACAAACUAAAUUAUAGUGGAAAUGUCCAGAUUUUCAGUGACAGUAGAUGAGACCUGACCUCUCUAACGGGCCCCAGCUGACUCCACUCACUCCUGUUGCAAGUGGAGUGCACACAAAUGAAGAGUUUUUUUGAGGAACAAAGAAACAUAAAGAGGAACAAAGGCAACUCUGUGACCAUCAUGAGUGCAGUCACAUCCAGAUUGUCCAAACAGCAGGAGAUGAAGCUCUGCUCCAUGCUCAGCUGUUCCAGACUCAGCCUGCUGUUUAAGGCCAGUGUUCACGGAUACACAGGGGCUGCGUUCCACCAAAAGUGUGACAAUCAGGGGCCGACCGUUACAGUAGCGUACAAUAUCUCUGGGUAUAUCUUCGGAGCGUACACCAGCAAAAACUACGCCCAGACAGGCCAGAAUAUCCUUGAUGAGAACGCCUUUCUGUUCAGUUUUAAUGAGCGAGAGAUGAAGAAGGACCCUCUGCGUGUGGUCUGUGCAGCUGGCCAGUAUUCUUCCUAUGAUACAUCAACGGGUCCAUAUUUUCACUCCUUGGUGUUUCUUCAUAAUGAUACACCCACUGUUUACAGCAAUCCUGGAACUUUUAAUUUUGAUCCAGUAGAGAUGCACGGCAAUGACUUACAGCUGAUUGAGUGUGAGGUGUACAGAGUGGAGGUGGGUAAUGGAUCACUUAUGGAAAAACCAUGGAGAACUGUUUUGUGGAAUUCAGAGAGGAGGAAGGCUCUGAUGGACAUGAUCACAGGCUGGAAGCAUGGAGUGAGUUCUGUGAAACAGGCUCGAGUUCUGCUGGUUGGACCUGUUGGAGCGGGGAAGUCCAGUUUCUUCAAUUCCAUUAACUCUGUGUUCAAGGGUUACGUCUCUAACCAGGCCAACACAGGCUGUGCCGGCACCAGUCUGACCACACAGUUUCGGACCUACUCUGUGAAAGCAGGCAGGAAUGGUUUGCCUCUGCCGAUCGUUCUGUGUGACACUAUGGGCCUGGAGGAGAAUUUAAAUGCUGGACUGGAUAUUGAUGAUUUCACAAGCAUUCUGAAAGGUCACAUUCAGAACAAGUAUCAGUUUAACCCAUCAAUGCCUCUACAAGCAGAAUCUCCAUCAUUCUGCAAAGCACCAGCACUAAAGGACAAGAUCCACACUGUGGCGUAUGUGCUUGAUGCGAGCAAAGUCAAACUCCUCUCUAACAAAAUGGUUGAGAAGUUGGCCGCCUUCCGCAGGAAAGCCAACCAGAUGGGGAUCUCACAGCUGGUUCUGCUCACCAAGAUAGAUGAAGCCUGUCCUUCUGUGGCGUCAGACCUGAAGACUCUCUACCACAGCCAUUACAUGUACAAAACGGCACAAGAGGUCAGCACAAAUCUGGGAGUGUCUCUCUCUGCUGUAGUCCCAGUAAAGAACUACUGCCAGGAGCUGGAGCUGGAUCCUCACGUCGACAUUCUGCUGCUGAAUUCAUUUGUACAAAUCCUCAGAGCCACUGAAAGCUUCUUUGAUGAUAUUUACUCUGAGCCUGAAUAGAUCCCAGAUUUGCUAACAUACACAACUGGUGAAAUGUUGUAGAACACCCUCAUUUUUUCAUUUUAUUUUGACCAUCUAAGCACUUGUAAUGUCUAGUCAAUAACAGGAAAUGGGACAAAACCCACUGUCAAAAAAUUAGCAUUAAAGAAAAAGAACUAAAAACGGAAAAAGUAACUUAUAUAUACAGUACAGGCCAAAUGUUUUAGACACACUCAUUCAAUGUGAAUAUUUACAUUGUAGAUUCUCACUGAAGGCAUCAAAACUAUGAAUGAACACGUGGAGUUUUAUGUACUUAACAAAAAAAGACAUGACCUCCAGAGUCACCAGACCUGAACCCAAUCCAGAUGGUUUGGGGUGAGCUGGACCACAGAGUGAAGAAGACAAAGGCAAAUAGUCAUAAAAAUAAUAAGAAAAAGCAUUGAAAAUGAGAAGGAGUGUCCAAACUUUUGGCCUGUACUGUAUAUGCCCUCUUUUUUUGUUUUUGCAUUUUUCUCAUACUUACAUUUUUCACAUUAUCAAACAAACCUAAAUAUAAGACAAAAAAACUGAGUGAAUUUAAAAAGCACUUUUUAAACAUUAUUUCAUUUAUUAAAGAAAAAAAACUUUCCAAACCAGUCUAGCCCUGUGUGAAAAAGUGUUUAUUUAUAAUUGUUUAUAUUAAUACAUCAAAUAAUCAUUUAAAAAGUGCUUUUUAU